AUGAUUCAACAUCGAUCCAUCCAAGAAAUGAAUUCCGCCAUAACACCUCCACCAGCGCUUUCUCCAGCGCAAAUGACGCCCGAGAAAGCGUAUUGCCCCAAGCAUCCCAUUGGGGCGCAGUCCGAAUCUGCCCUCUUCAGCUUCCUGGGAGUGUACCCACUUUUGGUUUCGGUAGUAGGGCAGCUCGAGCAGGCCGAGCUUCUUAACUUGAUUCUUACUUCUAUCCAGACGUCGACAGAGAAAUGCAAGUUCUGUCAUGGUCUAUUACUAUGCUGCGUGAGCUGCCGUCUUGAGUUCCAUCAAGGGUCCGUAACCCACGUCGAGCAAGUUCACGAAACAGCCAAGAGAGCAAUCCGCAUCUGUCUGAAAUGCAAUCCAAAACUCCCAAAAACCACUACUAGCGACUGUUGCAAAUGUAACAGGAGCAUAAAGUGCAGAUUCAUCUGUAAAGAGUGUACCAAAAAAGAACGAAAGGAGCGCACUAAUGCCAAAGAGCCAUAUCUCAUGCAUAUCGCGAGCGACGAAAAUAAACCACGCUCGAGGUUUAGAUGCGGCGUUUGCUCGAAGUUCCUCCCUGCAAAAGGGAAGGAUGACGGACUUACUGAGGUCUGCAGAUGGUGUGGGAAGGUUUCAAAUUAUUGCCCGAAAAAUCUCUGUUCUUGA